AUGAGCACUCUAAGUCAGGAUGGCCCUUACCGCAUGGGCGACUUCGCGAUAGAUGAUCCUCGACCGAUGAGGGUGGUGGUGAUAGGAGCCGGUUAUGCUGGUAUUGUUGCUGGGAUCCGCUUCCUCCAGAGAGUUCCAAACCUAGAGUUAACUAUAUACGAUGCCAACGCUGGUAUUGGUGGAACCUGGUAUUCUAACCGCUAUCCUGGCCUCAGUUGCGAUAUCCCCUCUCAUGGAUAUCAACUCACGUUUGACAACUAUACUGGUUGGUCGGCUUUUUACGCAACAGGCCAAGAGAUCCAGAAGAAUAUGGAAACUAUUGUCGACAAGUACGAGCUGCGGCCGUAUAUCAAGCUCUCGCAUCGCCUGACGUGCGCUCGCUACGCCGAGGACACUGGGAAAUGGCAUUUGACAAUCAAGAAGCCUCGAAGCAAAGAGGACAUCUAUCCAAAAAACACCACUGGGAAAAUAGGUAAACCAGAUUAUGACACAUGGUACGAGCUUCAAGAUACUUGCGAUCUGCUCUUCCUUGGGGUUGGCGGUCUCAGUCGUUGGGUGUGGCCUGACAUCGCAGGACUUGAUUCAUUCAAUGGGAAAGUUAUCCACAGCGCGAACUGGUACACAGGCACAGACCCGGAAAAAGGUUGGGAAGAGUCGAUUAAGAACUGGGGCGACAAGACAAUUGGUGUUAUCGGCGUGGGUUCUUCUGCGAUUCAAAUAGUUGCGGCGCUGCAACCCAAAGUGAAACGCAUCAUGAACUAUGUUCGAGGGAAAACAUGGAUUUCUUCCACAUUUGUAAGGGAGAGGCUGAUGAAGCUAUCUGGCGGCGAGGUUGUCGAGAAUUAUCACUUUACAGAGAAGGAUAGGGAAGCAUUCAAAGAUCCAGACUACUACAGAGAAUUCCGUCGUGAAUUGGAGAGGGAAAUGAAUGGAUCAUAUGGCGCCACAUUACUGAGUAAUCCCCUAGUCGAGACUGCUCGCAUUGACUUCCGCCAAUCCAUGUUAAAGAAACUGGAGAAGAAGCCGUGGAUAGCAGAUCAUCUCAUCCCAAGCUUCCCAGUUGCCUGUCGUAGACUGACUCCUGGACCAGGCUUUUUGGAGGCUCUCUGUGAGGAUAAUGUAGAUUUUAUACCCACCCUGAUUAAAUGUGUUACACCGACCGGCAUUGAGACCGUCGACGGAAGCUCCCAGGAACUAGACGUAGUAAUUUGCGCCACAGGCUUCGAUACUUCCUAUCAACUCGACUUUGAUGUUAUUGGCCGCGGAGGAAUGACCAUGAAACAGCAUCAGACCCCUCAUCCAAAGGCCUACCUUUCUAUUGCUGUCAACGGUUUUCCCAAUUUGUUCUACGGUUUUGGGCCCAAUUCGGGAGUCGGAUCUGGGAAUCUCUUAUUGAUUAUAGAGCGUCAAGUGGACUACGCGGUGGCAGCUACGUUGAAGCUGCAGCGAGAACGACUGAAGAGUAUCGAGGUCAAGCCGGAGGCCGUUGAGGCUUUUGAAGAGUAUAUAGAUGCUUAUUUUCCUACUACUGUCUUUGGGACGAAAUGUAAAUCAUGGUACAAACAGGGAAGGGAAGAAGGUCGCGUUGUUGGCUUAUGGCCAGGGUCUUCAAUGCACGCCCAGAGAGUCCUCACUCAUCCUCGCUGGGAGGAUUACAACUACGAGCUUCUCGACAAUGUCACCAACCCGCUCUACUGGAUUGGAAAUGGAGAUACUGUGGCAGGCCUCGAUCCGACUCGGUUUGACUCCUCGUGGUAUUUAAAGCCUGACCACAUUGACUAUCCCCCUGUCCCGCUUCAGCCCCGAGCAAUUUGA